UUCCAGUCUAAUUUUUUUUUAAUAUUUUGCAUACAAAACAAUGUCUGACGAUUGGGACAACGUAACAUACCUUCGCAAGAAGACGCCCUCUGCUGGCCAGGCGCGCUCCAACACUGUCAUCAACACUGCGCUGCGCCAGGGUGCUGCCGUCGACACCACCAAGAAGUUCUCUGCAGCCACCAACAAGAACCACAGCACCGACCUCAACACUGCCCGCCUGGAUCGCGAGACCGAGGAGCUCCACCACUCGACCGUUGGCAUGGAAGUCGGCCGCCUCAUUCAACAGGGUCGUGCCGCCAAGGAGUGGACCCGCAAGGACCUCGCUGUUCGUGUGAACGAGAAGCAGGAGGUUGUCGCCGAGUACGAGAACGGCACUGCCAUUCCAAACCAGCAAGUCCUCGCCAAGAUUGAGCGUGCUGUCGGCAUCAAGCUGCGUGGCAAGGACAAGGGCACUCCUCUUGGCUCCAAGUAAAAAAAAAAAAAAAGAAAACAAGAGGAGGGGAGGUUGCGUUCCCUUUUCUGGUUGUUUCUGUUUUUGCGUCGCGUCCUUAGUCUAGGAAACGGCCAAGGCUCGCGAGCCAAGAGAUUACUCUCUUGUUUGUCGUGCUUUGGCGACGGUAUCCAAUCCCAGUUUCUUUUUUUCUUUCUUCCCUCUUCACUUCAAUUUCACGAUUGGAUUUUCGCUUUGUUGUUGGUUGCGUUUUUCUUCUUGUUCUUGUUCUUCUUCCUCUUUUGAACAGCCUUUGUUGAUCACAAAGGAAACACAUUGUAUUUUUAUGAAAUCACACUUUUUGUUGUGCAAA